CGUUUUUAACCCAAAAAUAUAAGCUAAACCCAACUUCCCACGUUUGUAUCCAACUCGAUACAGCACGCACACUCUCGCGUCCUUGUUCCGGUGUCCGUCUCUUCUCCUCCAAUCCGUCCCAGGUGUCAGGUCAUGGUACUGUUGCUAUAACGGAAAGACCAAGUGCUUAUUGACAAAAACCCAUGGGGACUGAAAAUCGCGGUCGUCCUCAAUUUCCUGCAAGACCUGCUGCUACGCCUUUUGCUGCUGCUCCUCCUCAGAAUAUGAUGCCUUUUUCAUCAUCUGGUCCUGUGGUUGGAUCAGAGGCCUCUGGUUUCAGACCUACUCCACCAGCUGCUCCGCAUCCUACAGUGCCGUCAUCCACGCCUGUGGUUGGAUCACAGGCCUCUGGUUUUAGAUCUCCCCCACUAGCUAGGUUUAAUGAUCCAUCUGUGCCUCCACCAGCGUCAAAUAUCCCACCUCCUGUUGGACCGUACCAGCAUUUUUCAGCAUCAGCCUUUCCUUCAACAGCUCAAGCACCCCUUUCACGUGCCCCUCCUUUGGGACAACCACUAGGUCAACCUCCUGCUCCACCAGCUUCUCUUCGUCCGCAGUCUCAGAUACCUUCAGUGCCAAUGGGAUCUCCACCUCAAAGUAUAAAUUUUGCAUCGCCCAAUGUGAAUGUUCCAUACUCUUCAUCAGAUUCAACAUUUCCAGCUGCAAGGCCAAAUUUUCAGUCAUCAUUUCCUGGAUAUGCCCGUAUGCAGUCUAAUGCAGAUUCACAAGCCCCGCCUCUACAGUAUCCUUUUCCUCCUCACCAAGGAGGUUAUGCACCUGCCCCUCCGGCUUCUUCCUCCCCUUUUCUUACUCACCAAGGAGGUUAUGCACCUGCCCCUCCGGUUUCUUCCUCCCCUUUUCUUGCUCACCAAGGAGGUUAUGUUCCACCCACACCAGUGGCAGCACCAGCGGGUCUGCAGUCAAGGGACCAAAUGCAGCAUCUUGGCUCUGGACCUCCUAUUGGUUCCAUCCAAGGUUUGUUGGAAGACUUCAGCUCACUCUCUAUUGGGUCUGUUCCUGGAUCAAUUGAUCCAGGAAUUGAUCCUAAAGCACUGCCAAGGCCAUUAGAUGGCGAUGUGGAACCGAAAUUGUUCGCUGAGAUGUAUCCAAUGAAUUGUGAUCCAAAAUAUCUUCGACUUACAACCAGUGCUAUUCCGAAUUCCCAGUCUUUGGCUUCAAGGUGGCAUUUGCCUCUAGGAGCUGUUGUCUGUCCACUUGCGGAAGCUCCUGAUGGGGAAGAAGUGCCAGUAGUUAAUUUCGUUUCAACGGGCAUUAUUCGCUGUAGAAGAUGUCGCACAUAUGUCAAUCCUUUUGUGACAUUUACAGAUGCUGGGAGAAAGUGGCGCUGCAACAUCUGUUCGUUACUAAAUGAUGUUCCUGGCGAGUAUUUUGCUCAGUUGGAUGCCACUGGCAGAAGAAUUGAUUUGGAUCAGCGACCUGAGCUUACAAAGGGUAGCGUGGAAUUUGUUGCUCCUACUGAAUACAUGAUGCGGCCCCCCAUGCCUCCAGUAUAUUUUUUCCUCAUUGACGUGUCUACAUCUGCAGUCAGAAGUGGUAUGAUUCAGGUUAUGGCACAAACGAUCAGAUCUUGUUUGGAUGAGCUGCCUGGCUACCCCAGAACACAAGUUGGAUUUAUAACUUUUGACAGUGCGAUACAUUUUUAUAAUCUGAAGUCAUCUUUGACACAGCCACAAAUGAUGGUUGUCUCAGAUCUGGAUGACAUAUUUUUACCAUUGCCAGAUGAUCUCCUUGUCAAUUUGUCUGAAUCAAGAAGUGUUGUGGAAACAUUCCUGGAUAGCUUGCCCUCCUUGUUUCACGACAAUGUGAAUGUGGAAUCUGCUUUUGGUCCUGCUCUUAAAGCAGCUUUCAUGGUUUUGAGCCAACUUGGGGGGAAAUUGCUAAUUUUUCAAAACACAUUGCCAUCUCUUGGUGUUGGUCGCUUAAAAUUGCGUGGAGACGACCUUCGUGUUUAUGGUACAGAUAAAGAACAAACGUUAAGACUUCCUGAAGAUCCAUUUUACAAGCAAAUGGCUGCUGAAUUAACUAAGUACCAGAUAGCAGUGAAUGUAUAUGCGUUCAGUGACAAGUACACUGAUAUAGCCUCUUUAGGAACUCUGGCAAAAUAUACUGGAGGUCAGGUGUAUUAUUAUCCAAGCUUCCAAUCUGCCAUUCAUGGAGAAAAGUUGAGGCAUGAGUUAACCAGAGACCUUACAAGGGAAACUGCCUGGGAAGCUGUCAUGCGCAUAAGAUGUGGAAAAGGGGUCCGCUUUACAUCUUAUCACGGGAACUUUAUGCUAAGAUCUACGGAUCUAAUGGCGCUUCCAGCUGUAGAUUGUGAUAAAGCAUAUGCAAUGCAAUUAUCUCUUGAAGAGACGUUACUGACGACUCAGACAGUAUAUUUCCAAGUUGCCUUGCUAUAUACUGCAUCUUGUGGAGAAAGGCGUAUUAGAGUACACACAGCGGCUGCGCCGGUGGUUGCAGAUCUGGGAGAGAUGUAUCGUCAGGCUGAUGCUGGUGCCAUUGUUUCCUUGUUUAGCAGGCUAGCAAUUGAGAAAACAUUGUCACAUAAGCUGGAAGAUGCACGAAACUCUGUGCAACUAAGAAUCGUCAAAGCCCUUAAAGAUUAUCGAAAUCUCUAUGCUGUGCAACAUCGCUUGGGAGGCAGGAUGAUAUAUCCAGAGUCUCUGAAGUUCUUGCCUUUGUAUGGAUUAGCAAUUUGUAGAUCAACACCUCUCCGUGGAGGGUACGCUGAUGCUUCACUUGAUGAACGCUGUUCAGCAGGUUACACAAUAAUGACUCUACCAGUUAAGAAAUUGUUGAAGCUUCUAUAUCCUAGCUUAAUUCGACUUGAUGAGUAUCUUUUGAAGGCAUCUACUCAGGUUGAUGACUUCCAAAACCUUGACAAAAGGUUACCGCUGGCUGCUGAGAACUUAGAUCCCAGAGGUCUUUAUUUAUAUGAUGAUGGAUUACGGUUUGUCAUAUGGUUUGGUAGAGCUCUUUCACCCGAUGUAGCUAUGAAUUUACUUGGGGCAGACUUUGCUGCAGAAUUAUCAAAGGUUACCCUUUAUGAACAUGAUAAUGAAAUGUCGAGGAAGCUGAUUAGGAUACUUCAGAAAUUUAGAGAAAGGGACCCUUCAUAUUACCCACUGUGUCAUCUUGUAAGACAAGGCGAACAACCCAGAGAAGGCUUUCUUUUUCUUUCCAAUCUUGUUGAGGACCAGAUAGGGGGUACAAAUGGUUAUGCGGAUUGGAUUCUACAAAUACACCGGCAAGUUCAGCAGAAUGCAUAAUAUAACAAGUUCAGAGAAAUCUAUGAUACACAGGAGCUUAACGGGCAUGUUCUGUGCCUCAUCUGUAAAUUGAUGGAACUUUUUGUUUAAAAUCAUGUUUGAUGUGAAUUCAGACAAGGGUUCCCCUCGAGAAGCAUUGAUGGUUUAGAUGAUGAACUUGUCACCAUAAAUAUGGAUCAAUUUGUUUGUCCACUAUAGGAUGUAAUAUUUAGGGGAGAUGUAGUUAGUGACAAAAUCUUCUGCUGCUUGUUUUCAAAUUGAGAAGGAAGAAAAGAUAAAAUUUUUGUAUGCGAUAUCAUGACUAUUUUUUGGCAACUUUUUUUCCUAAUUUGUGUUGUAUUUUGAUUUUUUUUCCUCUACAUGCCAUGAUUGACUGGUAGAGGUUCUGCAACAGCUAGCUCACUAAAUUGUUGGAUUUUGUUCAGUUACCAGGAUAAUUUUUAUUUUGAUA